GUGAAAUCCGCUUGGUUUCCCGUGUCGCCGAGGGGGUGUGAUAAAAGUUGACAUUCAAAUAAUCCAGAAAAGGAACAGCAAGUAGAUCGAGAUGUGUAGCUCCGUGACUGCCAAGCUGUGGUUUUUGACAGAUCGACGGAUCAGAGAAGACUAUCCACAGAAAGAGAUCUUACGGGCUCUGAAGGCCAAAUGUUGUGAGGAGGAACUGGACUUCAGGGCUGUAGUGAUGGACGAGGUGGUGCUGACAGUUGAGCAAGGAAAUCUGGGUCUACGGAUCAAUGGAGAGCUCAUCUCUGCCUACCCACAGGUGGUGGUAGUGAGAGUUCCAACCCCAUGGGUGCAGAGUGAUAGCGAUAUCACUGUUUUGCGCCAUCUAGAGAAGAUGGGGUGCCGACUGAUGAACCGACCUCAAGCUAUCCUGAACUGUGUUAAUAAAUUCUGGACAUUUCAAGAGUUAGCUGGCCAUGGUGUACCUCUGCCAGACACUUUUUCUUACGGUGGCCAUGAAGACUUUGCUAAAAUGAUUGAUGAAGCAGAAGUCCUGGAGUUUCCAAUGGUAGUGAAGAACACACGAGGUCAUAGAGGUAAAGCUGUUUUUUUGGCACGAGAUAAACACCAUUUAGCUGAUCUAAGCCAUCUUAUUCGGCAUGAAGCUCCAUAUCUAUUUCAGAAAUACAUUAAAGAGUCUCAUGGAAAGGAUGUACGAGUCAUUGUUGUGGGAGGCCGUGUCGUUGGCACCAUGUUACGUUGUUCGACAGAUGGAAGGAUGCAAAGCAAUUGCUCUCUAGGUGGUGUGGGGAUGAUGUGCUCAUUGAGUGAACAAGGGAAGCAGCUCGCUAUCCAGGUGUCUAAUAUCCUGGGGAUGGAUGUCUGUGGCAUUGACCUAUUGAUGAAAGAUAACGGCUCCUUCUGUGUCUGCGAGGCCAAUGCAAAUGUAGGUUUCAUCGCCUUUGAUAAGGCUUGUAAUCUAGAUGUAGCUGGUAUCAUAGCAGACUAUGCUGCCUCCCUUCUGCCCGCUGGCCGGCUCACCCGGCGCAUGUCCCUGCUCUCUGUGGUGUCCACGGCCAGUGAGACCAGUGAGCCGGAGCUCGGUCCCCCUGCCAGCACUGCUGUCGACAACAUGAGCGCAAGUUCCAGCUCUGUCGAUAGUGACCCUGAAAGCACCACCGAGCGAGAGCUGCUCACCAAGCUCCCAGGGGGGCUGUUCAACAUGAACCAGCUGCUAGCCAAUGAAAUCAAACUCCUGGUGGAGUGACUCCACCAGUAAAUAAUUAACCAAUAAAACCCUUGUAAAACUGUCUUCCCUCACCCCAUCCCCUUCCCCCUUUAACCAACUUGCAAUGCUGUUCAUGGAGAAUGCUCAGGAGGUUGAGAGAAAUGUAUAGCAAGAUUGGUUAGAAGAAGGGAAAAUAGAUGAGACCUCUAUAGGAUACUUACCUGACUUACAGAUUCUACAGAGAGGAAGAAUAGGUGAUAUGCAGAGAAAUGGCAGGCUCUCUUGCUAACCGUCUCAGUUACUAAAACCCUGCUCUUGGGCCAUGAGGAACAUGAAGGUUUCUUUUUCCAUGGUCUCUUGCUUUUGUUUUUAUGUAGAAUGGUUUUGAUUCAAGUACUAGUAGCAUGACUUCACACAGUUUCAAGAUUUGAAAAAGAAGAAACAUCUGCUUAAAAUACAGAAAUGUUUUAGUAACAAUCUGAAAAUUCUGCCGUUUCUCUGAGCUAGCAUUUAAAUGCACAUAGUUGUUUAUGGACUCUUAAGGGACUCUGACCGGGAUUUCUUAUUUUCAUGUUCGUCCUUGUUUUUUUCCCCCUUAAUUUGGGUGGGAGGGUAAUGUGAUUAUAUUCCAAUAAAGAUUUUUAUUAACAAAAUUGGCAUGUUUGCAUGAUGAAAAGGAAAUGAACAGUAUUGCAAUGUCUGGUAUACAAAGUAACACUCAAUGUAGAUAAAGUUACACUAGUUAAAGUUUGUGCAUUGACUUGUAUUUGUUAGUGUUUUAGUCUUUUUUGAAAGAUAUAUGAUCUGUUAAUGUUGCAUUUUUAAUACAUGCUGGUAACAUC